UCUUUUUUCUAUUUCUAUGCUCUUCCCGUAGUUACUAUAUUCAUAUACUAGUGUAGAGCACUUAUAAAGUGUUCACUUGUGUAUAUACUUCUAUUAUUUUAUUGUUUUUCAUCUUGAAGAGUUCACUGAAUCGUUUAUACAUAUUCUUUUAUGAUGGCAGCUACUAGAAUGGAUAAUAAGAGGAGACCGAGUAUUAAUUUUGAGACCUUCACGUGGAAAAUUGAAAAUUUCUCUAGACAGAACACCAAUAAACUAAAAUCCAAGGCUUUCCAAAUCCGAGGUUAUAAAUGGCAGAUUCGUUUGUAUCCAUUAGUGAAAAAUGUUGACCAUUUUUCAUUACGUUUGAUGGUUGCGGAUUCUUUACCACCGUAUGGAUGGGACAGAAAUACGUAUUUCAAGUUGGCUCUAAUUAAUCAAUUGGAUGGCAGUAAAUCAGUGGUAAAAGAGACUGAACAGAAGUUCAAAGGUGGAUUUCGUGAGUGGGGCUCAUUUUUUGUGAAUGUUAGUGACUUCUAUGACCCUAAACAAGGCUAUCUUGUGAAUGAUACAUGCAUCAUUGAAGCUCAUGUUUGUGUCUCUGAUCUUAGCACUCUUCAAGCUAACAACUUGAACAUAAUUACUCCAACCAACGACCUUAAAUUUGGUGAUCAAUCAGCAAGACAUUCAGAAACAUCAGAAGGGGAAGUUCAAGGUUCAGAUUUGACACUAAGGGACCUUCUAGAUUUGGAGUGCUUAGCAAAAGAAGGAGCAGAUUUUGUUCCACUGUUGGAAGAGGCAUGCAUAUGGCAUCCUUCCCUGAUAAGGAGCCAGAGUAAAAGUUCUAAACUGUUCAAACAAUGGGCAUUCACAUCUUUGGGUGAAGUUCUGCAUGUACUCAAGAUAAGUAAGGUGAAGGAUAUGAAUGAAGAUGCAUUCAAUCACCUUCAAGGUUUAUGGGAGGAACUUGUUAAGCGGUCCGGAUUUCAAUUGUCUUGGUUGGAGCCUUAUGUUCAAUCUGCAUUGGCUAUGAAAGCUCAGGUGGAAAAAGCAGCUGAAGUGAAUAAACUCAAAGACAAUGUGGUUGAUUUGGAGGUUAAAAUGAAGAAGUUGAGGGGAGAGUUGAAAGCUGCAGAAGCUGAGUUUGAGGUAGCAAGGAGAGCCUUGGCUGAGGCAAGAAAAGGUUUCAUAGAGAUAGAGGUGGAUUUGAAUGCUGAAUUAGGCUAUGCCAUGUUUUAAACUAUGUAAUGAUAACUGAACUUUUCUUUUUUUUUUUAAAAAACUUUAAGGUUCUUUAAGUUUCAUUUCCUUGCAGAUGAUGGGGGGAAAUGCUAGGGUGUCCACUGCUAAUACUUCAUUGUAUGUAGUCUGCAUGUGUAAUAUUUUCGUCAUGGGUGGUAUGGAUAAAAAUAGGUCACAUUGUUAGAUAGGGGUUCCUGCUUAUAUCACAUCCAAAUAUGCGUUUGAAUCUUUA